AAACGAAGUCUGGGUAAUGUACGCGAAGAAAUCGUUCGCGAAAUUACACACACGUAUGUAUAUGUGGUGCGUAGUAUAAUUAGUAUUGGUGGUGAUGCGGUGAGGUGUACGUGUUUUCUUUGAUAGACUGAUCGCAUACGUAACUGUCAAAAAAGAAUUGUAUAAAAAAAAGUAAUGGCUGCCGCUUAACGAAAUAAAAAUAAAACAAGUGCCGCCUUCGGAUCUAAAUAACAGUAGUCUCUGGUGAUGUGAUUAUGAGCGACGAUGCUGCUGCAAUAGUAGUGACGAUGAAAGGUAAAGAUAACGAAAACGGCGAUAUCGUUCAGGCCCCGGCGGUCGAAAACAACAACGGGGCCAACAACAAUAAUAAUACGGAGCAAUCGAAAUUAAAGAGGACAUUUACGUUAACGCGGAAUUCGUUUAACGUGACGAGAAUGUCGAAAAGAAAAACGAAAAAGGAACAAAACGUACCGAAUAAUCAAAACCUCGCCCCUAAUAAUAAUACGGUUGUCGUUAACGUUGGAGAUAAUAACGAACAAGACAAGAACAAGAAGGUAUUUAGAAGGCCCUCCUUUAGAAAAAUCAUUAAUAAAAUCGCUCAACACAUCGGUGGCGUUCCCGUAAUUCCUAACGCGGACGCGCGAGUUCCGCCCGUCGAUUUACAAACAUGGGGCCCCGAUCAAGUUCCAGGCGUUACCGGAAUCCGGAAUCACGGCAAUACAUGUUUUAUAAACGCCGUUUUACAAUGUAUUUCGCAUACUGAUGUUUUAGCGGAAUAUUUCGUUUUGGAUCGGUACAAAAUCGAUAUGUCCAGAAGGAAUAAGUUAAAUUCGAAAAAAUUUGGGACCAAAGGAGAAGUCACCGAACAGCUAGCUUUAUUAUUAAAAGCUUUAUGGGCCUGUCAAUAUUCACCGGAAUUUAGCACCAACUUUAAACAAGUCGUCGAAAGACACGGACCUCAAUAUAAAGGAACACAACAGCAUGACGCUUUGGAAUUUUUACAGUGGUUGUUGGAUAAAGUUCAUGAAGAUUUAAAUAUGGCAUCAAAACGGAGAUAUAAAUCAAUUAAGACUUCAGGAAGACCGGACGAGGUUAUAGCCGCUGAAACCUUAGAAAAUUACAAACGAUGCAACAACUCCUUCAUUCAAGGCGUUUUCCAAGCCCAAUAUCGAUCGUCGUUGAGCUGCUCAAGAUGCUCAACCCAAUCAAAUACUUUCGAUCCUUUUCAAUGCAUUUCAGUUCAACUGCCACAAUUAAAUCGUCAUUCAAUUUAUGUUACUGUACUUUAUACAUCUCAACAACCGCGUCAAGUCAAAAUAGGCUUGAGUGUCCCAUCAGGAGCUAGCGUCUCCGAAUUACGAGACAUCCUCGAAUCGGAUACUUCAAUAACAAGAACCGAUAUGCUUUUAACGGAAAUCGGCGAAAACGGUUUUUUACGAACAUUCACCGACACUCAAAGUGUUAAUGUCAUCACCGAAAUCGACCCUAUUUAUUGCAUCGAAGUGGCACAAUUAAAAGAUGUCGAGGAAGAGGCUACAAGCGCUUACGUUCUUUUGUGUUGGAUUAAUGUUGUGGAGAAAAAUGGGGAAUUUAUUCGUUUUGGUAGUCCAUAUACAAUGCAAGUUUGUAGAGAAACCAGUUACGAAGACUUACAAAAACUCUUAUUGAAAGAAAUGGCCCCUUUAUUACACGAUGAUGUUUUAACAUCGGCGCAAGCUUCCGGAGUAAGUUUCUACUUCACUUCUAAAUCGUUCAAAAAACAGAUUUUUAAAAUGCGCAUAUCUGACCCGGCAUGGAACGACAACGAACCCCCUUGCUAUUUGGAUCCUCAACUUCAACAUCCGUUGUUUAUGGAAGCCGUCGAUCAAGCUCUUGCCUUAUGUAGUGAAGAAGGGGGACCCGCUCAUAUGAAAUUAGUGUUGGAAUGGAUUCAAAAAACGAAAAUGGCUGUUAUUGCUGAUGAUAGUGAUGUUAUUGAGGAACAUUCGAGUGUUAAACAAUUAAGAACGCAAGCGCUUCAAGGUGGAGCUCCUUUAACAUUAGAAGAAUGUUUGCGUCACUAUACAAAAGCGGAAACACUAACCAUGGAUGACGCAUGGAGAUGCCCUCAGUGCCAACAAUACAUACCAGUAAUAAAGACUUUGGACGUGUGGUCCCUUCCCGAUAUUUUAGUCGUUCAUUUUAAGAGAUUUCGACAGCAAACAUUAAAAGGAAGAAACAGUACAAAAUUAACCACAAUGGUCGAAUUUCCCGUUUACGGUUUUGAUAUGACCCCCCACUUAGCGAAACACAACGUUAACCUAACCAAUUUAGACCAAAACUCUGUGAUAAUGAACAAUGUAACUUGGUCGCCAUGGAAGCGGCCCAGAAAACAAUCAACUUGUAAUGAUAACAGCUACGAUUUAUACGCCGUAAUUUAUCACCACGGAAGCGAUUUAGAAACCGGUCAUUAUACAGCUGCUUGUAAAAAUCCUUAUGAUAAUAAGUGGUAUUUAUACGAUGACGCAAAAGUUACGAAUUUAUCUGACCAAAAUGAUGAUAUAACAACGGAAUUAGUUAAUAAUAGCGCGUAUAUUUUGUUUUAUCAAAAACGAUACGGAGUUUAUGUUAAUAAUUCAAGUUCAAACUCAAGCGCUGCUUCAACGAGCUCAGUUGGAUCAUCAGGAGAUCAUUGGGUUAGCAGAAUGCCAAAAUUUGUACCACCUAAAAGUAUGAAGAUUGAAUUCAAACCAAUUACAAACAAUGAAAUUAUUACAAACAAUGAGAUAAUUAAAAAUAACGAAACAAAAAAUAAAGAUGAGAGUACAAAUAAAGAAGCAAUCGAAACAACCGAGCAAGUUUUAUUAAGAAACUCUCAAAACACUUUAUAUAAUAGCGCUAAUAAUUUGCGAAAAUCGCUUGAAAAUAAAUCGAUUGCAACGAUCGAAGAUGAUAAAAAACAACACCCUCUUUAUACAACAAGCAUUUUUAUAAACUCAACAGGGAAUGUUGAUAUCACAACAAACGAAUCGUUUUCUUCGCCCGUUUUAAGUUCGCUACGGAUUAAUGGGCUGCGAGAUGAUGAAAAACCAAAACGGGAGGUUAAAAGUUACGAAAGCAAAGCGAGUAUUUAUCGAUAUUCUCAUAACGAAGAGCCCGAGAAAAAUUAUCAUUCAGAUGGAGGAGUAAAUGCACGAAGUAAAAGUUGGAUGUCUCCUGAAGUGAAUAAAAAAAUCACCAACUCUCAAUCGUCUAUGUAAAACGAAAUAAAAAUGUUAAAAUGAAACGACUGUAAAUAUUAUUUUUGUACGUUUAAAUCAAGGCCGUACAGAGCAAUACGCGGACGAAAAUUAUUUCAAUACGAAAUAAAUAAAAGAUAUUUUAAUAUUUCCACGAUUUUUAGAUAACUACCAUAAUCUUAGGGAUGGUAAAAUACGAGAGGAAUUAGAGAAAACGAGAUUCAUAGCGCGUAUCACGACACAUAAACAUAUUAAUAUGUAUUUAUUUUGUAUUUAUUCUCAAAACGUUGUGUUUUAGUUUUAUUUCCUUUUUCUUUGUUAAUUCU